AUGCAAUCAAUGGAUGCGCUGAAUCGCUUCUACCUCUCCGUCAACGUCAUCCAGCUCCUCGAUGUCGGUGUCCGUCUGGUCGUGCGAAUGGCAGCUCUUCGCGCCAGAGAUGCCCAGAAUCAGAGCCGGACAGAAGAUAGUCGGCUCGUUCACUAUCAGUCGCGCCCUGCGCAAGCCUUUCCAGGCCUCUUCAAUGUCAUGACGAUCCCCUGUUCUCCCACCAGCCAGUUCGUCUACUUUAUCGACGAGCUGAGGAACAUACACUUGGUCCACUUGUCCGCAUGUGCCAAAACUCAGGACAUUGUCAGAUUUGCCUUCUGGGCCUUCUGGGCCUUUCGAGGGUCCAGCGAUCCACAUCUCCGUCUUCGGCUCCAACGGGGUGAGUUCUGGCUUCUCCCGGAGUAUGGAUGCAGCGCUCCGUCAGGAAAUUAUGUUCCCCUACGGUAUUCGAUCGUUGAUUCGGGGCGGCAACUUGUCCUGGCAGAUAACUAUGAACGCACGGUGCAGCCGGGUGCAGUCUUUUACCUGCGGUCUCCUCCGGAUAUCAGCAAGGAAGCCUGCGAUGUAUUGCAUGCGACGUGGGGUGCGAUACCUGGGGAUGUCCGACAGCAACUGGUGGCAGAGUUCGGCUUGACAUAG